AUGACAGAAAGUGGCCAUGGAAAUGGAGCCCCAGAUGGUGUCUGUGCAACACUCAAAAUAACAGCUGAUCGAAUAGUUGCUCAAGGCAAUGAUAUCCCAAGCUUAUCAUCAUUGAUGACUCAUCUGAAAUCUGUUCAAGGUAUUAUAACGAAAACUAUUGACGAUUCCGGUAUUUAUAAAAAAGAAUUGCUAAUUUCAUUCAAUCUCAAGCAAUUUACAGGGACUAUGAAAGUACAUCAGGCAGUAUGGAACGCCAAUAAGCCCAACCAACUAUCGAUGAGAAAAAUGAGUUGCGCCGAAGGUGAAUGUAAAAAUAAUUCUGUGUCAUGUGAACAUGGAUAUCAUGUAGGAUUAUAUAUCAUAGGCGAGCAAGCUGAUAGACUGUUGACUGAUAGAACGAACAAGAACAAGAGUGACAAAAUCAAUCUGAUUAAAAAGUCAAGUCAAGCCAAAAAAGGGAGUGGAGUCAGUGCAACUGAAUCUAAUAAGCCUCAAAUUUUAUCGAAUAUUCUAAUUCAACCUGGUUGUAGCUAUUCUGUUGAUCUUGCUGAUGAGUUCUAUGAAACCAAACAGCGCCUGUCCCGUACCUUACCCUCAGACAUUGGAUUACAUGAAAGUGACAGCUUCUGGACACGUGUUUCGACAGAUUGUGAAAAUAUUGCUCCGACAUUAAUGAAUGAAGUAGUCUCCAAAAUUGUAAAUUGUAAAGAAAGUAGUGACGAGGAAUAUAACAUUUUUUAA